AAAAACACCACAUUUCAACGAACUCCAACUCCCGACGACCACCAUUUCCAUUUUCUGUCACUAACAUCUCCCAAAAUCCCAUCCAUGUCCUCUCCUCCUUCCAUGGCUUCCCAAAACACUCCCUCCGACGGAAAAAACCCUCUGCUUCAGGACUUCGUCUUUCCUCCGUAUGAUGCCAUCGAACCGAAGCACGUCCGUCUCGGGAUUCGCGCGCUUAUGAAGGAACUCGAGCAUGAUUUGGUUGAGCUGGAGAAGAGGGUGGGCCCCACGUGGCCGAGAUUGGUCGAGCCGCUGGAGAAGAUCAUCGAUCGGUUGCAGGUGGUGUGGGGGAUCGUAAACCAUCUGAAGGCGGUGAAGGAUUCUCCGGAGCUCCGUUCAGCCAUUGAAGAAGUUCAGCCAGACAAGGUUCAAUUUCAGCUUAGGUUGGAACAAAGCAAGCCCAUUUACGAUGCGUUUAAGGCUAUUCAAGAAUCUUCUUGUUGGCAGACAUUGAAUGUUGCUCGUAAACGUAUAGUGGAAGACAGGAUAAAGCAAGCAGUUCUUAAUGGUGUCUCUCUCGAAGAUGAUAAUAGAAACCAGUUCAAUAAAAUUCAACAGGAAUUGGAAAAAUUGUCUCAAAAAUUUGAUGAGAAUGUAUUGGAUGCAACUAAAAAGUUUGAAAAAGUAAUUAUGGAUAAGAAGGAAAUUGAAGGACUGCCUGCUACUGCACUUGGCCUUGCAGCAAAAAUGGCUAUUUCCAAGGGAUAUGAAAAUGCUACUGCUGAAAAUGGGCCAUGGAUAAUUACAUUGGAUGGUCCAAGCUAUCGCUCCAUUUUGCAACAUGCAACCAACCGAUCCUUGCGUGAAGAAAUUUAUCGUGCUUAUGUAACCCGUGCCUCCAAUGGAGAUCUCAACAAUACACCAAUUAUUAACCAAAUUCUGAAGCUUAGGUUGGAGAAAGCUAAGCUUCUUGGUUACAAUAGCUAUGCUGAGGUAAGCAUGGCAAAGAAGAUGGCUACGGUUGACACAGCUGAAGAGCUUCUAGAAAAGCUUCGGAGUGCGUCUUGGAAUUCUGCCAUCCAAGAUAUGGAAGACCUGAAGAGGUUUUGUAGAGCUCAGGGUGCUAAAGAAACUGAUGACUUGGAGCACUGGGACAUAAACUUUUGGAGUGAGAGGCUUCGUGAAUCGAAGUAUGAUAUAAAUGAGGAAGAGUUACGGCCAUUUUUAUCAUUGCCAAAUGUUAUGGAUGGCCUUUUUAGCCUUGUGAAGAUGCUCUUUGAUGUCAACAUUGAGCCCGCGGAUGGCUUGGCGCCGGUUUGGAACAGAGAUGUCAGAUUUUAUCAUGUUAAAGAUUCGUUAGAGAAUCCAAUUGCAUACUUCUAUUUCGACCCAUAUUCUAGGCCUUCUGAAAAACAAGGUGGAGGAUGGGUGGCUGAGGUUGUUGGCCGAAGUCAUGUACUUGCACGUGAUGGAGCCUCUACCAGAUUGCCCAUUGCUCACAUGGUGUGCAAUCAAACACCGCCGGUAGGAAACGAGCCCAGUCUUAUGACAUUCCGUGAGGUUGAGACCAUUUUCCAUGAGUUUGGUCAUUUGCUUCAGAAGAUGCUAACCAAGCAAGAUGAAGGUCUUGUUUCUGGUUCUCAAGGAAUAGAAUGGGAUGCCGUUGAACUGCCUUCCCAAUUCAUGGAAAAUUGGUGUUAUCACAGGAAUACUCUGAUGAGCAUUGCAAAACACCAUGAAACUGGAGAGAGCCUCCCUGAAGACGUUUAUUCAAAGCUUAUCGCAUUAAGAAAAUUCCGUGCAGGUUCACUGCUUCUUCGUCAGAUAAGAUAUGCUAGUGUAGAUUUGGAACUGCAUACAAGGUAUGAUCCCAGUGGACCAGAAUCCAUUUAUGAUGUUGAUCAAAGAGUAGGUAUGCGAACACAUGUGAUCCCGCUGCUGCCAGAAGACAGGUUCCUUUGUAGUUUCAGCCAUAUAUUUGCAGAUCUAUAUGAAGCUGGUUACUAUAGUUACCAGUGGGCAGAAGUGUUGUCGGCUGAUGCUUUCUCUGCAUUCGAGGAGGCUGGCCUGGACAAUGAUGAGGCAAUCAAAGAAACAGGUCGCAGGUUCCGAGAAACUGUUCUUGCCCUUGGAGGUGGGAAAUCACCACUUGAGGUUUUCGUGGAAUUCCGCGGGCGUGAGCCCUCCCCAGACGCCAUGCUCAGGCAGUAUGGCCUAUCACCGGCCACCGUAUCUGCUUGAGGUUUCCAUUAAAUUCACUCUACUUCUUUUGGAGGAAUUCCCAACAUCAUGUAGACAAGGUAUUAUACAAUGCUCGCGCAUGGUUUGUACUGUUUGGAUUUCAUUUUGUACAAGUGGGACCCAUAUUUCAAUGAUCCAAAACAGUUGAUAUAAUGGCAUCGCUGUGCAUGGCUCAUGCACCCAGAAUCCCUAGGCUUGGAAGAUUCCAGGUAUGCAGUUUUUGGCCUUUUUCUUUGCUGAAUGCUCCAAACAUUUCUAUAUUUCUUCUCCUAUCCAGUUAGUUGUUGAGCGGCCCACAUGCUCUCAUCCGUGCAAACUGUAGGCAGAUCUGUUCCCUGUGGCUUAAAAAUAUGUAAUGUAUAUGUAAGUAUAUGUCCGGUUGUACAACAAUCUGGCCUUAGAUAAAAGAAGACCGUGAUUUAAUUGCACCCACCAAACAGUCGAACAAUAUGAAAAUCAAAUUGAAGUUUGUUGAAUACAAUAAGUGAAGGUUGCU